CUCAAACCCACACUAUAGCAGUCCUCGACUUACGACCGCAAAGGAGCCCAACAUUUACGUCGCUAAGUGAAACAUUUGCUCAGCGACCACGAAAUCGUGAAUAACAUGUACGAAACCGAGGCAGAGCUCCUGGCCGGCGAAAGCGCAGAAGAGGAGACGGAGGACAGCAUCAUGUCUCCCAUACCCAUCGGGCCCCCCUCCCCUUUCCCCGCGGGCGAGGACUUCCACCCCAAAGAGGGCUCUCCGUACGAGGCCCCCGUCUACAUUCCCGACGAUAUUCCCAUCCCGUCCGACUUCGAACUGAGGGAAUCCUCCGUUCCCGGAGCAGGGUUGGGGAUCUGGACCAAAAAGAAGCUGGAAGCCGGAGAGAGGUUUGGGCCCUACGUGACUUUCCCCAGGACCACGUUGAAGGAAACGAAUUUCGGAUGGGAGGAAAUGCUCACGGAUUCCGAGACGGGCCUGCAGGACGGUUGCAUUAAAAAGGUAAGAUCGAAAACUGAUUUUAGUCUUCGGUUCCGGGUGGAAAUUCAAAUUUUAACUUUUUUUUUUUUAAUCGUUUUUAAUUGCAAGCCCGAUAAUUAG